AUGGGUAAUCAGGGCGAAUCUACAGUCUUGGACUCCAGAAGUCCUAAGGGCAAUUCUUCUAUCCGGCGGUUGCUCCACGUCCUCAAGCACGCCACCAAGAACCGAAAAACCGACACAGACUCCUUGAAAAGCAAAGCCAGCGACCUGCCUUCUAUGCCCAGCACACCUCAGAGCAGCAGCACCGAUGGCAACACAGAGCCCACCCGAUUCAAUGCAAAUGAGCUCAGAAUGCGCAUUCUACGCAGUAACACGUCUCCAGCUGUGCCCCCAACUGCCAACCCAGUCACUGCAUCCGGGUCUACCCACCAAACCCUCUUCAGUGUUCCCGAGAACGCUGUAUCCAAGAACGGUGCCCAAGAACCCUCACAGGCACCCAUCGCCCGCAGCAGCACUGAAACCCCUAGUGCUUCUAAGCCUUCAAGGAGCCGCAAGUCACGUCAGCCUACCAUGAUUACUCCUGAGCUCAUGCAGCAGAUUCAAAUCUCCAACAAGAAGCGCAGUGGCGGUGCUCUGCGGGAUAACGGUGAGCUUCGCAGGAAGAAUCUGGGAACUGCGACUGUGACGAAUAGGGCCAAGGCUGUUGUUGCUAGCCCUCUUCGGUGGUCGGAGGAGUAG